AUGCACCUUUUGGGUCUGGGCUUCGACUUUGUGUGUGUAUCAGUGUGUAACAGGGUGUACUGUAUGGAACAUAGGUGUGUAUGUUCUGAUUUCAUGGGUUGUACUUGUACUACACUGUGGCUGUACAGGACCAACCUCUAACAAUGUGUGUGUAAUGGAGAGUGUGUAACAGUGUAUAUAUUUGUGUGUGUGUUUCAGGGAGCGCAGGAAGGUGGUGUUACACCGUGGAUCUACAGGCCUGGGUUUUAACAUAGUAGGAGGAGAGGAUGGAGAGGGAAUCUUCAUCUCCUUUAUCCUGGCUGGUGGACCUGCUGACCUCUGUGGAGAGUUCCGGAAAGGAGACCGCAUCAUCUCAGUAAGAACACACACACACACACCGAAACGUGAUAGUCUCUUAUUGAUUUCUGGUGAUUUAUGAGUAUUAUUGACAAGGUUAGAUUGACUGUAGAUCUCCAUUGACAUGCCUUGGGUCUCUGUUAAUUUGCUGUUCAUUGAUCAAUCUGUGUGUGCAGGUGAACGGGGUUGACCUCCGCAGUGCGACCCAUGAGCAGGCUGCUGCAGCUCUGAAGAACGCUGGACAGACGGUCACCAUCGUAGCCCAGUACAGGCCAGAGGGUGAGAAAUACUAAUACUCCUACUACCGGUACAGAGUCAAUGUGCGGGGCACCGGUUAGUCAUGGAGCCUGAUGUGAGUGUGAUCUGUGAUGUGAGUGUGCUGUCCCCCAUGGUAACCGUAGAGUCACAGCUCUGGUAAACAGGUUACACACAAUGAUUGGGUUAUCUACUCCGAUGUCAUGGCAACAGGAUCCUCUAAGGUGGGGAGAGAG